AUGGUCUUCUCAUCCAUUCCAGUCUAUCUAGAUCCACCCAACUGGCAGCAGCAACCUAAUAAUCAACCUCCAGCUAGAGCUGGGAAUGAAAACCCUCAACUCCUCCAACCGCCGGCACCACCUCCAGGUGGUGGCGAUGGUAGUGGCAGCGCAGGCUCAAUCAGGCCUGGCUCGAUGACUGAUCGAGCCAGGCUAGCCAAGAUUCCACUACCCGAGACAGCCCUUAAAUGUCCGAGAUGUGAAUCAACAAAUACUAAAUUCUGUUACUUCAAUAAUUAUAGCCUCACCCAGCCUCGCCACUUUUGCAAGACUUGCAGGCGAUAUUGGACCAGAGGAGGUGCCCUAAGGAACGUGCCAGUUGGCGGUGGUUGUAGAAGGAAUAAAAGGAGCAAAGGAAGUGGUAGAUCAAAAUCUCCAGUUAAAGCAGGAUCUAGCUCAAGUGGUGGACUUGCUUCUAAUGGUUGCACUACUGGUAUUAUGGGGCACAUGACUCCUCCACCACCACAGUUGCCAAUUUUGCCACCUUUACACCAUCUUGGUGACUAUACGUCCGCAGAUAUUGGGUUAAAUUUUGGUGGAAUUCCGUCUUCAGUUGGGGCAACAGCUGGUGGAGGUGGUGGCGUAGAAUUUCAAAUUGGCAGCAGUACUAGUUCAAAUAGUAUUGGUGGAUCUAUUUUAUCCAGUGGACUUGUUGAGCAGUGGAGAUUCCAACAAGUGCAGCAAUUUCCUUUCUUAUCUAAUUCGGAACCACCAAGUGGAUUGUAUUCAUUUGAGGGUGGAGGGAUUGAACCAUCAAAUUAUGCUGGUCAGAUUCGGUCUAAGCCAAUAUUGGACACGGGUGUUACUCAGCUAGCUUCAGUCAAAAUGGAAGACAAUCAAGGGUUGAAUUUGUCAAGAAAUUUCUUGGGUAUUUCAGGAAAUGAUCAAUACUGGAGUGGCAAUAAUGCAUGGACUGAUCUUCCUGGUUUCACUUCUUCUACAAGCCAUCUAUUAUGA